AACAGCGUGUGGGGAGUGGGAUGUAAAGAAGGCAGAGGCUGCAGAGAGGGUGGGGACAGAGCUUCACGAAAUUAAAAAAAAAAUGUGAGCUCUGUUGGUACAAUUACGGUUUCACCAGACCCACCCAUCCUUUCUUGCUAUGUAAGCCUCAGAGCACCAGGAGACAGGAGAUUAGUGCUGAAGGGACAGCUCUGGAUUGUGAAUAGGCGCUUCUCCCGGAAAACCAUACUAGCCUUUGCCAAGGCGAUUUAACCUUCAAGAAGGGGAGUGAUAUUCAGUGAACAUCAAAAGCCACCUCAGAAGCCUCCAGUUCAUCUGUUCUUUGUUAGGUUUGGGGAGCAUAGCUCGGACCCACCCAAAGAUCCAUGGUUUCCCCAGACCUCUGUGAUGGUGACUGUGGGCUCAGAUGCUGACGCCUGGUGUACAUCUCGAAACAUGAAGGCUGAGAGCCCGGCUGGUUGGCAGUGGGGGCUGUUUUUGUGUCUUCCCGAGUUCAGCGCUGAGGGAGGCGGCAUAGCCACCUGAACAUGGAAAAAUCCAACAAGUAGUUUCUCGUCGGUGGAAGGAGGAUCGGCUGGGCGUCAGGUGGGAGUCAGUCCAGCAGGCAAGAAAACCGCGUCGGGUUGGAAAGCAGGCAGACCUACUUUCUCUCGGUCUCUCGCUUUUUAAGUCAUGUCUGAGCCACAGAAAUGGGCAAGAUCGAGAACAACGAGAGGGUGAUCCUCAACGUAGGGGGAACCCGGCACGAAACCUACCGCAGCACGCUGAAGACCCUCCCCGGGACCCGCUUAGCUCUGCUCGCCUCGGAGCCUCAGGGCGAUUAUUUGACUGGAGGUGAUGAGCAGCAGCCAUCGCCCCCUCCCCCGACGCCCCCCGCUCCGCCCCUGCCGCCUGGCCCAGCCGGAGGCUGCUUCGAGAGCAGCGCAAGCAACUGCAGCCCCCGGGGCGCCCACGGAGGCGGCGGGCACGAGUUCUUUUUCGACCGGCACCCUGGGGUCUUCGCCUACGUCCUCAACUACUACCGCACUGGCAAGCUUCACUGUCCCGCCGACGUGUGCGGACCCCUGUUCGAGGAGGAGCUGGCCUUCUGGGGCAUCGACGAGACCGACGUGGAGCCCUGCUGCUGGAUGACCUACAGGCAGCACCGCGAUGCGGAGGAGGCGCUCGACAUCUUUGAGACCCCAGACCUCAUCGGCGGUGACCAGGGCGACGACGAGGACCUGACUGCCAAGAGGCUGGGCAUCGAGGAGGUGGCGGGGGUGGGGGGCCCGGACUGCAAAGCCGGCCGUUGGAAAAGGCUACAGCCCCGGAUGUGGGCUCUCUUCGAGGACCCCUACUCUUCUCGAGCCGCCAGGUUCAUUGCUUUUGCUUCUUUAUUCUUUAUCCUGGUUUCAAUCACAACCUUUUGCCUGGAGACACAUGAAGCUUUCAAUACCAUUAUAAACAAGACAGAACCAGUCAUCAAUGGCACAAAAGUUGUUCUCCAGUAUGAAAUAGAAACGGAUCCUGCUCUGACGUAUGUAGAAGGCGUGUGCGUGGUGUGGUUUACAUUUGAAUUUUUAGUCCGUAUUGUUUUUUCCCCAAAUAAACUUGAAUUCAUCAAAAAUCUAUUGAAUAUCAUUGACUUUGUGGCCAUCCUACCUUUCUACCUGGAGGUGGGACUCAGUGGGCUCUCAUCCAAAGCUGCUAAAGAUGUUCUUGGCUUCCUCAGGGUGGUGAGAUUUGUCAGGAUUCUGAGAAUCUUUAAGCUCACCCGCCAUUUUGUAGGGCUGAGGGUGCUUGGACAUACUCUUCGAGCAAGCACUAAUGAAUUUUUGCUGCUGAUAAUCUUCCUUGCCCUAGGAGUUUUGAUAUUUGCCACCAUGAUCUACUAUGCUGAGAGAGUAGGGGCUCAGCCUAAUGACCCUUCAGCUAGUGAGCACACACAGUUUAAAAAUAUCCCUAUUGGGUUCUGGUGGGCUGUGGUGACCAUGACCACUCUGGGUUAUGGUGAUAUGUACCCACAGACUUGGUCAGGGAUGUUAGUGGGGGCCCUGUGUGCACUGGCUGGGGUGCUGACCAUAGCCAUGCCUGUACCUGUCAUUGUCAACAAUUUUGGAAUGUACUACUCUUUGGCAAUGGCAAAGCAGAAACUUCCAAGGAAGCGGAAGAAGCAUAUCCCUCCAGCUCCUCAGGCAAGCUCUCCUACCUUUUGCAAGAUGGACUUGAAUAUGGCCUGCAACAGCACACAGGGAGAUCCAUGCCUGGGCAAAGACAAUCUAUUGCUGGACCAUAACCGAUCAGUGUUAUCAGGUGAAGACAGUGCAGGAAGUGAGCAGCCAUUGUCACCCCCUGAAAGGCUUCCAAUGAGACGCUCUAGUACCAGAGACAAAAACAGAAGAGGGGGAGCGUGUUUCCUACUGACCACAGGUGAUUAUACGUGUGCGACUGAUGGAGGGAUCAGGAAAGGAUAUGAAAAAUCCAGAAGUUUAAACAACAUAGCUGGCUUGGCAGGCAAUGCUCUGAGACUCUCUCCAGUAACAUCACCCUACAGCUCACCUUGUCCUCUGAGACGGUCUCGAUCUCCCAUCCCAUCCAUCUUGUAAACCAAACUGCACCAAGAGGCUAAAUUGCAUCAAUUCAAGUACUGUUUAUCACAUAAUGGAAAUAAUUAAAUGUAGCAUUACUGUAGGCUCCACUAAUAGAAAUCCUGCAUGAUAGUACUAUUAUCAGAAGUCAGAAAUGCCACUUGGGUAGCUAAUGAGCCUCAGCUUGACUCUACAGAUUAUCUAAAAUACUGCUUCUCUUUCUCCAGUGCACUAGUUUUCUGGCAAAUGUUUCCUGGCAAUAAAGAGACAGAUAGUGUCAGAUAUUGGCCAGUAUAUUCAACAAAAUAAGCAUAUUUUCAGGGAGAUCUAUUUAAACCAAUGUGCUGCCAAAUGACUACCACCCCAUUGGAUCUACCUUCAUUUCUCGUGAUGCUCUAAUUCAUUCUGAAGAUGUCUGGAACACUGUCUUGAUUGCACAAAUUAUCAAUAUGACUUUGGUCAAAUCAUUUGCAUGGACCAUUCUGUCUCCAUCACCUGAAAGCAGUGUUACAGUAUAUGAAAAUCCUGGAUGGCUCUGGAUGCUUUUGUUUUUGUUGUGUUUUUUUUCUGUUGUUGUUGUUGUUUUCCACAUUGAACCAUCCUGCUGAUGCAAAAGCAAUGGACAAUGGUUCGCAUGUAUAAUUGUGGGCUGGGGGAGGGAGGAGGGAAAUGAAGGGUUAGGGAGGAGGGAAGAGUUUCUCCUUUUUUCUAAUCUUCUGAAAGGAAAAAAAAUAUAUUUUAAAUGGUUAUUUUUUUAAAUUGCUUUUUUCUUCUAAAAUGCUAUAAUGGAGUUCUGAAUGUCUCUGGUUAUUUGCACACAGAUAACUGCAAAGAGGUUGUCAUUACUGGUUACACGCAAGCAGAGGCCAGAUCUCUAACUUAAUGACUUGGGAAAGGCACAAAACAUGAAAGAAAGGUAAAUGCCAGCCAGGCUUGCAUUUUAUAUAUAUAUAUAUAUAUACAUAUAUUUUUAGCCAGGAAAGGCUAUUUGGUACCAUAGCCAUUUCCCCCUAUCCCUUCAACAUUUUCAAAAGAGGCCUAGGGCCAAGUCACAACCCAAAGGACUUCUGCUCCUUUUUUAGGGGGUGGAAUGGGGGUGGGUGCAAAUGUAGAAGGGCAGAGAUCUUUUAAAAGAAUUUUUGACCAGCCUUAAAUCUGUGACCCACUAGGUCCAUAAGAAUUUCAGGCAGUGUUUUUUGCAGGUGCUUUGUCCUGUAUGUUGUUUCUGUCUGUCUGUCUAACUACCUGUCUUAACUGUAAACUUCAUCUGUCUCCAUAAAGCACAGAGAUGCCUUAGGGGGAAAAAAGGCUUCCAUCUUUUAGUCCCAGGUUUUCUCCUUUCCCCCUAUUCAGUCCAGCCACCUUUCUUCACAUGCAAGUUAAUAGUUUCCUUUAGACUACCUACCAUACAUUAUGAAUGGAUUUGAUGUCAGGAUUUCAGUAGAGGUUUUGUUUUUUGUUUAACUAUUUGCACUCGGUUGCUGGCUGGAAUGCCACUUCUACCACCUAGCAACCAGCAUUCAUCACCACAUUCCAACUAAGCCUCCAAGGAGUCAUAUUUUAGGCUGCGGGGAAUAGAAUCUGUUUACCCAAGAGUAUGAAUGAAAUAGCAAUAUCAGACCUGGUGUUUCAGGAUGACGAGGGGGGAAGGGCAAUGUAAAAAGAGGAGUAUAUCAUUCCUCCUGAGGCAGACAAUAUCCCUUUCAUUGUCAAAUAAUACCUGCUUCUUAUAUGUUUAUUUUUAUUAGGAACACAAUGACCACUUUUCUGGUUGAUCAUGUAACAUGUAUUAAAUUGAUAUGUAUCAACCCUAGAGCAUGAACUGCAUGUCAGAAUCCUUGUAUGAAAGUGUAUUUAUCUAAACAUACAUUUCUGAUAUUUAGAGAUGUACUUUGAUGAAUCUUGCUCAUGUCACCUGUAAACAGAUAUAAGUAUCAACAGCUUUCUAGCAAAGGAAUUAAUACACUGUCUGGUGCUACUGUUAUUGACUACAGUGUGGCCCAGACUUUUUCAUGGAUUUUUGACUGCUGACAAAGGACAAUGGAAUUUAGCCAUACCAAGGACU